GGGGGCGUUGCGAUUCCACUCCAUUGUCGGCGUCCACAUUGAAAUGAAUGACAACCGGUGCAAUGUGGAGGAGUGCUUAUGGUUAAUGUGAACGAGGCUUUGUCUGAAUCGGUCCCAUUGAGCCUGCUGCUCCAGCACGAAUGAUGCUGAUGCUGCGCCCACGCUCAAAUGUCUCUACUGCGCAGUCGCCGAUGCAACGAACGCAGUAAGAGAAAGGAGACGCAAUAAUGGCCCUUGAUAAUUUAAUUUUCGCCCAAUGCAUCCUCUAUUUUUUGGCGUUUGUUUUUGGUUUUAUUGCCGUAGUGCCUCUCUCUGAAAACACGGAGGAUUUUCAUGGAAAAUGCUUGCUUUUCACGCGUGGUAUGUGGCAGAAUGAGAACAUCACAGUUUCAAAGCAGCGCUUUAUCGUUGAGGAGUGGGGACCGGAGUCUUCCUGCAGUUUCAUCACUUUUGUCGGGAUAGCAUCUCUCAUCCUGUCCGCAGUGCAGUCAUGGAGACUGCUGUUGUUUCUUUUCAAAGGCCACGACGAUUCCCUGUUCAAUGCCUUCCUGAAUCUGUUGAUCAGCUCCUUGAUGGUGUUCACAGUGUUCCUCUCCAGCACCAUCAUUAGUGUGGGCUUCAACUUGUGGUGUGACGCCAUCACAGAGGGCGGGGGCAUGCCCAGCAGCUGUGAGGACAUGCAGGACACCGAUCUGGAGUUAGGAUUGGACAACUCCUCGUUCUAUGACCAGUUUGCCAUUGCCCAGUUUGGUCUGUGGGCAGCAUGGCUGACGUGGCUGGGCAUCACGGUCAUGGCCUUCCUCAAGGUCUACCACAACUACCGCCAGGAGGACCUUCUGGACAGUCUGAUCCACGAGAAGGAGCUGCUGCUUGGACACUCGUCCCACCGGGGCUCAGAUGCCAACCAGUUGAAGAGUGGCAUGAUCUAACACCCAGAGGGCACGUGCACAUUACUGACACAUAUCCUCCUAUCCUACCCCAACUGCCAGCCCCUGUCAAUCUACACUGAGUGUACAAAAGAUUAGGAACACCUUCCUAAUAUUGAGUUUCACCCCUUUUUGCCCUCAGACUUCCUCAAUUCGUUGGGGCAUGGACUCUACAAGGUGUCAAAAGCGUUCCACAUGGAUGCUGGCCCAUGUUAACUCCACGGUUGUGUUAAGUUGGUUGGAUGUCCAUUUGAUGGUGGACCAUUCUUGAUACACACAAGAAACUGUUGAGUGUGAAAAACCCAGCGGCUUUGCAGUUCUUGAUACAAACCGGUGCGCCUGAGACCUACUAUCAUACUGCACUUAAAUCUUUUGUCUUUUCCAUUCACCCUCCCUCUGAAUGGCACACAAACACAAUCCAUGUCUCAGUUGUCUCAAAGCUUAAACAUCCUUUUUUAACCUAUAUCCCCCCCUGCAUCUACACUGAUUGAAGUGGAUUUAACAGGUGACAUCAAUCAUUAAGGGAUCAUAGCUUUCACCUGGAUUCACCUGGUAAGAGCAGGUGUUCUUAAUGUUUUGUACACUCAGUGCAAUUUUCAAUCAAGUGAAAUCCAUUAACUGUUUUUAGAGUGCAUAAUAAUGUCUUGACAUACUCCUCCUCAUAUGUUUCCUGAUUUUCCCCUUGAAAACGCUGCUCAUGACUGUAAAGCGCUGUAGGGUAAAGAGAUUCCGGCUGUAUUGUGGAGCUGAUUCAAUCCAUUUGUCCACUUGCUAUAUUUGUAUUUGAUAAUGAGUUACUGCUGACAUGUCUUCCCCUUCAAGGCACACACUGGAGCGUAAAUGAGCUCAGAAAAUCAAGGUCAUUUAAUGAGGAUAGAAAUGGUGCAUUGAGAUUCGUUUUUACCGUGAUUUCCAUUUAGCUGCACAUAGAUGGUGACUCACACAAGGUGCUUAAAGAAUGGUUCAAAUGGAUCAUAUUUUCUUUGUUUUAAUUUUUUGCAUGUACUGUGUGAAUAUAGACAGUGUGAGCAGGCUGACAUUUUUUUGUGUUGGGCAAUAUAUUAUUUUGUAACAGUCGAAUACAUUCAUGAUAGGCU